AUGACAUUUGAGAACAGCCAAACAAAAGCGUCGGUGGAAGAUCGACUAAAUUCCGCCCGACAAAUGUCGUCCGGCGGAAAUCUGGGUCCGGGUCAGGGCGAUCCCCUUUUAGCCAAUCUGUGGACACAGCUGGAUCAGAUUCAGCCAACGAUCCCAGACCGUUUAUCGAUUGCCAUCCUCGAGGGUGUCGGUGUGCAGUUUGAUCAGAGCGAUGUUCGACUUGCUCGGUUAGUCAGCUUGGCGGGCCAAAAGUUCCUCACUGAUGUGAUUGCUGAUGCGAUGGGUCAUUGGCGUAUAUCGAAUGGUCUAUCUUCCGGGCUGUUGAACGGUACAAGUCACACGAACACGGGAUCUGCCAACGCAACUACCUCGUCCGGAACGGUCGGUGGUACUCCCGGUUCCGCAACACCCAGCACCCCACAAUCGGGAGCAUCUCCCUUACCGAACACACCUGGUCGAACUCCGGCCCAAAAUCCUGGUUCACGUCACACCCCACCGGAUCGAAGAGCCACAUUGACUCUGGACGAUUUGAUCGCCUCUCUGGCCGACCGUGGCAUCCAUGUGGCUCGUCCACCCUACUAUCGAUGA